AUGUCUACCACUAGCUCGGAAGACUCUUCACAGCCGCCGCCAUCCGUCGCGAUUGCUGGUCGCCUCCGCUACAUCUUGAGCUCUGUGCUCCUUGUACCCGUUGAUGGGUUGAAACCCGACACGCCGCUCUCCAGUGUGGGCGUCGAUCCCAUGUCUGCAUUCUUGCUGGCCGGAUUGGCAGUGAAAGCUGGUCUUCCGCUGUCAUAUGCCGACGUCAUUGGUACAGCGACGUUCGGGAAGCUUGAGGCGCUCGUUCAGCAGCGCAUCGAGGCUGCGGACGCGGACGUGUGGAUGGAGGAGCACUAUAACUCGCAUCCGUUCGCCCCACCAGAGUCUUCAUCGUAG